GCCAGUAGCUCGUAUUAGGCAAGCUGUUCUCUCCAAUGUAAACACCCAACUUUUAACAGCAGAAGAGACACAUGGAUAAAAUUCAGCAAGUAGAGAAGAAAUCUGGGGUCCCCUUAGAAGAGGCGCUCGAUACAGCAGGAAGUGGUCUUUACACAUGGUAUGUUGUAAUAACAUCAGGAAUAAUUGGUUUAGCUGCAGUGCUAAACCUUCAAGGUAUGGCCUUCGCCAUGCCAAUAGCUGGAUGUGAAUUUCAACUGUCUUACACAAUGAGAGGAAUGAUGUCUUCAAUGUGCUUCACUGGUAUGCUGGUGUCAGCUCAGAUCUUUGGGUUCUUGGCAGAUAAUUUUGGAAGAAAGCAGGUUAUGAUGUGUUGUCAGAUAGCAACUAUGGUGAUCAUUGUACUGUGGAGCUUAGCACCAAACACAACAGCUUUGGGCAUUAUACUAUUUUUUAAUGGAUUCAUUUUGACUGGAACAUUUACAUCAGCCUAUGUUUAUGUUGGAGAGUUUUGUCCAUCUAAUAUCAGAUCUAAGGCCCUCCUGAUUAUGACAGCUAUGAUGGCUAUGAGUAAUGUUUAUCUACCAGCUAUGGCCUGGAUAAUUUUACCAUUAGACAUAUACAUACCUAUCUAUGGGGAAUUGGUAUUUACAUCAUGGCGUCUUUAUAUCUUACUGAAAUUAAUUCCACUUUCUAUAGCUACGCUACUGUUAUCUAAAUUACCAGAAACUCCAAAGUUCCUGUAUGUUGUAGAAAAACAUGAAGAGACUUUAGAAAUAAUCAGAUGUAUGUAUGCAGUUAACCAGAAAAAAAGCAAAAAUGACUUCCCUAUAUCAAGUCUGUGUUUAAAUUCAGAUGAUGAAAUUAGAAGCAAGAUUGGAGCUGAUGGUAAUCAAUUUAUAAAAUAUUUUAAGAAAAUGAUGAGUGAUAUUGCUGAUUUGUUCACAAAACAAUACAUAUUUUUCACUCUGCUGUCCUGUUUUUUGCUCUUCAGUCUAGUUGGAUCGUGCAACACCUUAAUUAUGUGGUUCCCAGAUCAGACCAGUAGAAUAAUGAAAUACUACCAAUCCAAUGAUAUAUUUAAUGUUACACUUUGUGAUCUCAUGGAAGGAAGUAAGGCUUCAGAGAAUUCUGGCUGUGAUAUCAAUUAUGAUUUCUUGUCUGCUGGAAUCCUUCUUGGAAUAGCUCAAGUGGUCACAUGCCUCAUCGUUGGCCAAUGGGCAUUAAAAAUAAACCGAAAGAUAUUAAUAUCUGUCAGUUCAUUCUUGACUGCAGGAGUAUGCUUUCUAUGCCUCUUUUUGACAUCACACUAUCUCAUCAUAUUAUGUCUUGCUACUAUGACUGUUCUUCUAUUCACAAUGUUUCCUGUAAUCACCAGCAUUGUACUUGAACUAUUUCCUACACAAUUAAGGUCUAAUGCUGCUUCACUAACGAUGACGUUUGCAAGGUUAGGAUCUACCAUGGGUGGUCAAUUGUUGGGUAUUCUAUUUGAAAACCAUUGCAGAGCAGGAUAUUUUGGAAUGAUAUCUUUAGUUACAGUGGCAGGAUUCCUAUGUAUGUUAAUUCCUACUGGACAAAAGAAGAACCCAAAAGUGUAAAUUCUCACUGAAGUUAGUCCAAGAAGACUUAAAAGUACCUUUUGCAUGUUUUUAAUAAACUAUUUUAAUUUUUUUCAUAAUACAACUUUAUAUUUUAUUAUUUAAUAGACAGAUUCUUUAUUAUUGUUUCUUCUGACUCAAAUCUCAUCUGAAGUUACUUGUUAGAAAGUUAUAUUUUAACUGCUACUACUAGCAAUAAGGAAAUUAUCUAAAGCAUUGCUUGUAACAAGAAGCUUAACAAGAUUGUUUUUCAUUUGUUAAAACAUAUCAUCUAAAUAUGUUAUUAUAAUAUUACCAUGAUAUUCUCAUUUUGGCAAAUCCUUAAUUUUUUUUUUUUUAUAUUCUUUUUACUUCUAAUUCUCUGUUUCUUAAAUGUCAGUCUAUACAAAAUAUGAAGCAUAAGUCCAACGAAUCUUAUCAACAAUAAAAGCAUACUGUGGGCAGACCUAUUCAUUAUUUGAAGGGGAGAAAGAACUCUAUUAGCAAAUAUUUGAAAUUAUGGGCAAUGGAAGAAGAACUACUGGAAAUCAAAGUUAGCAGACUCGAAAUACCAGACAAAGUUACAGAGGAUAGUAUUAUUGGCUGUAAACAGGAGUUGAUUUUUUUUAUUAUGGGUGCAGAUUUAAACGCCAAGCAGCAAGAAUGGAGUUCAAGAACCACAAAUUCUCGUGGUAGAUCCUAGCUGUCUGCACUCAAUUCCCAAAGUUUGAGCCUUCUUCCUCCCUACUCAAAAAAUUCUAAAAUCUCCCCCCCCUUCUAUUCUAAAAUUCUAAAACAUUUCCCACUCCCCCUCCCUCCGUUGAUGCGAUGGCUCCUGGGCAGCGUCUGAUGAAGAAAUAGCUGAGGAAUUCACCAGACACUUCUCCAGUAUAUUCACUCCUCAUCCAGAAUUCUAUCCAACCCAUACCAUAAAAGUAGAAUUCCUCUCUUCAUCGAUUCCACUGUCCUUACCAUCUAAAGCACUUAAUCCAUCUGAGGUCAAAUACCUUUUACGCAAUACCACUCCCGUUAAAUCUCAUGGACAUGACCUCCUAACCUCACAGAUCCUUCGACAACUUCCACCCAAAGCUAUCAUAUUCCUUAAAUAUAUUUAUAAUUGCAUCUUAAGAACUAAACACUUUCCUCUCCUAUGGAAACAUUCCACCAUUGUCCUUCUCCUGAAACCAGGCAAACCUACCAACAAUACAUCAUCCUAUAGACCAAUUAGCCUACUUCCAAUCCUAUUAAAAAUUUAUGAAAAUAUUCUACUGAAAAGUAUCCUACGCAUAAUAGAAUCCCAUAAAAUUCCUACCCAUCAAUUCGGAUUUCAUUUGCAGCAUUCCAAUGUUCAACAAGGAUUCUGAGUCGUUGGCCAUAUAUCCUCAGCCCUAGAAAUGAAUGUUGUCCGGGCGUAUUUCUGGACAUAGCACAGGCUUUUGACCGGCUAUGGCACGGGGGACUGCUCUUCAAACUCAAAUUCCAUCUACCACAGUCCUUAUAUCUAAUCCUCCGAUCCUACCUCUCUGACCGCUCCUUUCAAGUUCGCUGUGUUACUGAAUUCUCCAACUGUUAGUUAAUAGAGGCGGAAGUUCCGAAGGACAGUGGUUUGCUUCCCUUAUUUAUCCUUCUUAUAUCAUCCUUUACAUUCUUUUCUCUGCAGAUAUUCCUGCCCAUCCCGAUACCCUCCUGGCAAUAUUCGUUGAUGAUACUGCUAUCCUUUCAACCAACUCAGAUCCUAAAACAGUGUAAUGAAACCUACAAAUGUACCUCUCUCUGACUGAACACUGGUGUAAGAAAUGGUUCAUUAAGAUAAACGAAUCCAAAUGUAAACACAUUACCAUCACUCUUUGUCGUAAAUCCUGCCCACCAGUUUAUUUUAACACCAUCCAGCUUCCUUUCUCAGAUACAGUCUGGUAUCUUGGCUUUCUCUUAGACAAAUGACUAAUGUGGAACCCUCAUACUAGACUUAAAAGACAGGAACUUAACCAAUGAUACGGCCAACUAUACAGACUACUAAACAGAAAAUCUAAACUUUCUACUGAAAACAAGUUACUGAUCUACAAGACAAUACUGAAACCUAUUUGGACUUACGGACUAGAUCCUUCCAGUCAAAAGUCCUUUGAACAAUAGUCAAUGCUCCUUUCUAUGUAAGCAACAAAACCGUACAUCAUGACCUCAACAUCCCAUUUGUCCUAGACUUUAUCCCAGAAAAAUUCUCCAAAUAUCACCGGAACCUUAUGUAUUAUCUAAAUCCUCUUGUACAAUCUCCAUCAAGCACUACCCAUCCCUAUAAUCCUUGAAGAAGGCUGAAACAACAGUGGCCCAGCUACCUUUUGUAGAUUGUAUAUAUUGGAGUUCUAGCAAUGGCCAGAUUCUCCACUCAAGACAUGAGUGUAUGUGGAUAAAGUGCUCUCGAUCAAUUUCUGCUGGCUUUACUAACAGUGUUGGGGUUGAGAGAGUAGCACAGGGUUCUCCUGGAGUCAGGUAUUUCCUCCAUUGUUGGAGAAACAAGCCUGUCUCAGAGUUCCCUUGCCUGAUUGUAAAUAGUGUAUAUAGGUAUGCAUGUGCUCUUUGCUUUGUUUUUAUUUUCUUAUUUUUAAGUUAUUUUAUUCUAUUUAUUGUAUAUACCUUUCGAUUAUUAUUUUGCUUCAAUUAAUUUUAUAUUUUCUUGUACAUAUAGUGUGAAUGUUAUCCUACCCCAAUAUAACUAAUGUCCAAUUGACAGAUUGUUGUAAUACUCAAUAAAUGAAUUGAAAUUUUACAGCACUUUUUUAAAAAGUUCCAUUUUAU